UUCGUCACCUACUAGAUCGAGGCCUCCCACAGCUGAGGCAGUCCAAGACGCAAGUGCGGCUGAGGCUGGGCUACCCCGCGAGAAACAAAACAACCCCGCGAUGGCCGUGGAGGACCUCGAGCUGUCUGUCUCCUGGACGCCAAUGGGGACUCCAAGAUGGCGACCACCUACAUCUACCCUUCGGCCUUCUCGCCCUUUACGUCGCUGACAUCUGGGUCCAGCAACAGCGGCGUGCUGGUCAGCGCCACCAGCAGCGACGCUGGCGGCGCCAUCAAGUCGGCAACAACCGAAGCCUCGAAUGCGGCCAAGGCAGCCCGGGGCAGCAGCCUGGCCACCUUCAUCUGCCACACGGCCUACCUGGAGCAGAGCCUGCGGAGCGAGCAGCAGUCGGGCUUCUUUGCCGGGAAGCGCAGGCUCGUGACGGCCGACCGCACGCGCAUCGGGGAGGGCGCGUCCUUUGUGGUGGACCGGGCCAAACUUGUAGACGGGCCGGUGGGCGCCGACAACAGGCCCGUCUACGUGGCCAUCAAGACGGCGCGCGAGGGCAGCACAGCCGACGCCGAGGACGCGGCGGCGCGCGGCAGGCGGUGGCGCGACACGCUCUUCGAGAUCCGAGCGCUGCUGCACCAGCCGCUGCGCUAUCACCCCAACGUGGUGCGGCUGCUCGACAUACGCUGGGACGGGUCGCGGUCGCUGUUCCCGACGCUGGUGGUGGAGCUCGCCGAGUUCGGGACGCUGCACGGCCUGCAGCGCGCGCGGCCGGCGCUGCCAUUCGGCGUCAAGCAGAAGCUCUGCUACGACGUGGGCAAAGGCUUGUCCAUACUGCACGCGUGCGGCGUGGUCCACGGCGACCUCAAGCACGAGAACGUGCUAAUCUUUGCCAACCACUACCCGGACCCGCCGGACCAGCCCUACACGGCCAAGCUGGCCGACUUUGGCGGCGCCGUCAUGGACAUGGCCGGCGACGGCGACGGCGACGGCGACGGCCAGCACCACGUGCCCGCGAGCACCUUCCCCCUGGACGCGCCCGAGGUGCACGGCGGCAGCCGGCUGACGGUCGAGGGCGUCAAGAAGACGGACGCCUACUCGUACGGCAUGCUCAUCUGGCGCUGCAUGCUCGACUGCGACGACAUGUUUGGUCUCGCCGGCGUGGGCGUGGCCAUGCCGGCGCCCGGGCAGCGGCCGAGCGACGAGGCGCGCAAGGCCAUGGCCGAGGCCAAGGAGGCCGACGCCGUGCUCGAGUGGGCCGUCUCGACCGUAUCGGCGCGCUUCCACGAGCGCCGCCUGCCGGCCCCCAGCCUACACCUGGUCGUCGCGGCCCUCAUGUUCACGCUGCGCGGCGACCCGGCCCACCGCGCCCUCGACCGCGCCCAGGCCCGCAUGCGCGGCAUGAGCGCCCAGACCAGCCACGCCUACGUCCACGUCAAGGACGCCGCCAACGCCCGCACCGCCGAGAACGACCGCAACGCCACCCCGGGCCGCCACGGCCUGACCCUGGACGGCGUCGGCUUCGGCCUGGGCCGCAUGGGCGACGAGUACGACGCCCAGAACAACCUGCCCGGCUUCCGCCCGGACCUGCCGCACCCCUCGCGCGGCGGCUUCGUCUUCGACCCCGUCAAGCUGGGCGCCCUGCUCGACUGGGACCACCAGCGCACCAUCCUGGCCGAGUUUGUCGCCGCCGCCGCCGCCGACUCUAACCUGGCCACGACGGAGCUGCAGCCCUGGACGGCCGCCUUCUUUCUGUACCAGUGCUACCUCGUCGGCUUCGGCGCCCCGGUCGACCACGCGUCGGCGUGCCGCUGGCUGCUGGCCGCCGCCGACGCCGCCAAGGAGACGGCCACGGUCGACUACCUGGCCCGGGCGUGGGUGUACCGCGUGCACGCCGCCCUCGGCAUCGACAACCCGCUCAGCCCGGCCCUGCAGCAGGACAACCUGUGGUGGAGCAUCGUGCGCGGCCACCGCCACUGCUCGGCCGACCUGCGCGCGCUCGAGGCAAGCCACCCGCGCGAGGAGGUGCUCUCCUGGACCGGUUCCAUCGCGUCGGCCGAGUCGCUGUACCGCGGGAGCACCGCGUCCACGGGCAUGCCCGUCUUCAUCUCGCGCAUGAUGCGGCGGCCCUGGAACGUCGAGAGCAUCGCCGCCCUCGACGCCGAAAUCAUCAAAGAGCUAGGAGACGACUACAGCUCGUGCCUGCGUCGUCCACAGGCCCCAGCCUCAGCCGUAGCCGCAGCCGCCGAGGGAGCCGCCGAGGGAGGAGGAGGGACGCCGCCCGAGCACCGCUUCGACCAAAUCUUUGUCAACAAAAAGGGCCACGGCCUCCUGCACCUCGCGGCGUCCAUGGGCGCCGAGGCGGCGCUGCGGCACAUGCUGGACCGGUACGAGUGCGACAUCAACCUGCGCAACCAGUCGCACGCCGAGACGCCGCUGCUGUGCGCCGUCCGCUCGGGCCACGUGCCGUGCGCGCUGCUGCUGCUCGACCGCGGCGCCGACCCGACGGGCGGGGCCAACUACGUCGAGGAGGCGCCGCUGCACUGCCUCUUCAACCUCGCUGAGGACGACGUGGCCCUCGUCGCCGGCCGCCUUCUCGACGCCGGCGCCGACCUGGAGCAGGUCUCGGGCGGCAUGCGCCAGGACGUGCGCGCCGUGCUGGCCGACUGGCAGGACGCCCUGGGCCUCCGCGUCACGCCCCUGGGCCGCGCCGUCCUGCAGCAGUGCCUCCCCGCCGUGCGCGUCCUGCUCGCCCGCGGCGCCGACCCCCUGGGCCGCAGCAGCGUCGACGGGGACGGCAAGCGCGUCGCCCACGUAAAGUCGCCCGUCGAGCUGGCCGCCGUGCUGACGCUGCCCGACAUACUGGAGACGCUGUUGCGGGCCGUUGAUGAGAGGGAGGAGAAGGCGCUAGCGGAUUUGGACCGGGACUGGGACUGGGACGAGAACGACAUUCUGGAAGCGGCGCACGCGGGCACGGUUACAAACUUUGACCCGCUCCUGAUGCAGAGCCGCCUUGUGCGGUGCGGCGUCGACUACAAGACCGAUCUGGCUCGAACGCUGCGCAUCCUACGGGACCGGCGGCGACGGCGACGGCCGCAGCAGCAAGGAAGCGAAGCCGCACCCGCCUCGGGCCGGAGCCUGUGCGCAGAGGCGGCGUCGCGCGGCGCAGGCCUGGACGUGAUGGAAGCGCUGCUGGACCUCGGCCACCCGGUCGAGGGCUCGCCGGGCUGGCGGCCGAUUCAGCACGCCGUGGCGGCUAACAACGAGCCUGCGUACCACCUGCUCGCGGGCCGUGGCUCGCCGCUGACCUUCCCCGCCGACGCCGACGCCGACCAGGGCGCGACGCUGCUGCAGUGGUUCGCGGCGCGUCCCGGGCACACGCCGGCCGGGAUCGCCAUCGCCGAGGACCUGGUCCUCAAGGGCGUCGCCGUCCGGGGCGAGGAUGCUGGCGUCAUGGACGCGCUGGGGCUCGCCGUCGACAGGCGGUACUUUGACCUGGCAGACUUGCUGAUCUCGUACGGUGCCGGGGAGGUCCUGAACAACUUCUACGCUACCUGCAACCUGGGCAGCAGCGAGACUCGUGGGGGAAGCGAGCAGGGAGCUCCUGCAGAGGUCCCAAGGCACGACGGCGGCAUGUCGCUGCUGGGAAUGAAGCUCCAGACCCACGACCUGCCCUCGCUCGAGUCCAUCACCUACCUCGCCCGUGUGCACGCCCUCGCGACGGCGGCCACCCCUGCCGAACAAAGUCGCGGCGUCCAGAUCGACCCUCUGUGCAGUGAACCGCCGGCGGGGCUGAGCGCCGUGCACAUGCUGGCGCUAUUCCCGGCCGCGCGCUGGAACAGCCACGCCCAGACGUCGGAGCGCAUCGUGCAAAAGGUCCUCGACAUGUUCCCGGACCCGGCCUCGCUCGGCCCGCACGCCAUCCACGUCGUCCACGGUACCCCCUUGGCCGCCGCCGUCGCCGCCGUCAACCCGCACGUUGUCGCCGCCCUGCUGCAGUCUGCGUUCGCCGUGCAUCUCGACGCGCCGGUUGGCGGGUCCGGGGGCGACGAGACCACCCCAGUUGCGCUGGCUGUGCGUCUGGCUGGGGAUGCCAUGCGCCGUUUCGAGCAGGCUGCUGCUGCUGCUGCUGCUGCUGCGAACGGUGGGCAAGACUCCGCCGAGUCUGCUACGGAGCCUGCUCCAUCGUUCCCGUACUCCCCAGGCGAGUUCGCCCAGCUGAGGCGCCAGCUCGACGUCGCCUCGAUGCUGGCGCCCCCUACGACCGUAACCGGCAGCACCACCGACACCCCGGCGACGCCAUCAGCCGAAUUCUACGCCGCCAGGAUGCUAGAGUACGAGCAAAUAAUGUCUCGCGCCACCUCCCCUUCCCCGACCCCGACCACCCUCCUCUCGGACGCCGCCGCCGCCGCCCCGACCGCGAUGCAGCAGCUCGAGUCGCACGCCAACCAGCUCAGCCUAGCCGAAACAAGCAUGAUAGGGGACGCCGCCGCCAACAUGCCCGUCGACCUGUCGGUCAUCACGGAGGAGGUGCCGAGCGGCUGGCACGAGGGCGUCGAGAUGGACGGCCGCAUGGCCAUGCGCGUCUUUCUCAAGAGCUUCCGGUCCGGCGACUCGGGCUUCGGCGACUCGAUCACGGGCUUCAUGGACAAGACGUUCAACACGCGGCGCCGGCGCGAGGGGGCCGCCGCUUCGGCUUAGAUGUUGGCUGUGCUGAACGUGGUUUCUUUCGUUAUCGGGUCUGGUCCCUUGUGGUCCCAAGAUUCCCGUAUUCUUUCUCUCAUUUAUCAAAAUCUCAUCUAGAUGCGAAAUCCCACGUGUGUACGAGUCGAGUUCGUGUCAGGACCCCGUCCUGCAGUACAGUAUCCCAGAUAUGGUUUCCUGCGACUACUAAUCCAUCAUCUCGGAUCCCCUCUGGUAAUGCCAACUCUGCCCGUUAUAAUUUGCUCAGUCACCUAAUCCGAAACAAUUUUCAACAAUGCAAACAUCUCUCGCGUGACACUCUCGCCGUGCCCUAUAGUCGCCCCUCUCGAUGGCGCUGUAGUGUUAUAUUAACA